AUGGAUGCCUACUCAUCCGGCGGCGGCGGAAAGCUCAAACUGAAAGGCUCAAAAGUGAGUGACGGCCGGGUCAAGAAAAAGAAGAGCAAGAAGAGCUCGUCAGCUUCGACCCCUGGUACCGAAAAGGAGAAGGACAGAGACGUCUCCGCGGACCUCGCAUCACAGCAAGAAGCCGCUGAGAGCCGGUCGAGGUCGAGGGAGGGGUCAUCAGCCGGGCGUGAUGACGAUGAGGACCAGAGCCACCGUGAAAGUUCCGCGACUCCGGCUGUGAAGACGGAGGCUGAGAGGCGGCAUGAGGAGAUGAGGAAGAAACGGCUGCAAGAACGUCUGAAGCGUGAUGGAGUCAAGACUCAUAAGGAGCGAGUGGAGGAGUUGAAUAAGUACCUGAGCCGGCUGAGUGAACAUCACGAUAUGCCGAAGAUUGGUCCAGGCUAA